GACAUGAGGGAGUUUCACACUUGAGCUUGUUCAUCGUACGUAAACAACAACCCGUGGAAACAACGCCGAGGAUAACAGAGGCCAAACUUCUGGAAUAUAUUUCACCAAGCUGAUCCCAACCGGUCCACAAAUGAGCAGCAGCAUUUCUAAUUGAUGAGGUCCAAGAACCUGAUGAAAGAGGAGUGACCAGUUCAUCCUCAGGCCUGCACACCUCUCCUUGGUUGCAGUCAAACUACGGGCUAGCGAGGCCGAAGGGGCGUCACCUCAGCCCGCCUCAAUUUAUCACCAUUUCCUGUUUGAUUUGGCCCCCAACAGUGUUUCAAAACUGUUUCUCCAACGCUUUUUCCAGAAACUCAGACUGUUUUCCAAAGCAGAAGCAGCACAGCCCUCCCAGACAGAGGUGAUGGGAAGUGUGCGAGCCAACCGCUACAGCGUUGUGUCAUCAGAGGAGGACGGAAUGAAGCUUGCCACUAUGGCAGUACCCAAUGGCUACGGGAAUGGCAAGGGCAAGGUGCACACAAGGCACCAACCUCAGAGCAGAUUUGUGAAGAAGGACGGUCACUGCAACGUGCAGUUUAUCAAUGUGAGUGAAAAAGGUCAGCGUUACCUGGCUGACAUCUUCACCACAUGUGUGGACAUCCGCUGGAGGUGGAUGUUCAUCAUCUUCUGCCUCGCCUUUCUCCUAUCAUGGCUUUUCUUUGGUUGUGUCUUCUGGCUGGUGGCCAUCUUCCACGGGGACUUAGAAAGUGACGCCCAGAGGUGUGUCUCCAAUGUGAGCAGUUUCACCGCUGCCUUCCUAUUCUCCAUUGAGACUCAGACCACCAUUGGCUAUGGUUACAGAUACGUGACAGAUGAGUGCCCGGUUGCUGUUUUCAUGGUGGUGUUCCAGAGCAUCGUGGGCUGCAUCAUUGAUGCCUUCAUCAUUGGUGCUGUUAUGGCAAAGAUGGCGAAGCCCAAGAAGAGGAACGAAACCUUGGUUUUCAGUCAUAAUGCAACAGUGGCCAUGAGAGACAACAAGCUCUGCCUGAUGUGGCGUGUGGGCAACUUGAGGAAGAGCCACCUGGUGGAGGCACAUGUCCGAGCGCAGCUUCUGAAAUCCCGGACCACAGCAGAGGGGGAGUUUAUCCCGCUCGACCAGAUGGACAUAGAUGUGGGCUUUGACAGCGGAGUUGACCGCAUCUUCCUGGUCUCUCCCAUCACCAUUGUCCAUGAGAUUGACGAGGACAGUCCCUUCUAUGACAUGAGCAAACAGGAGCUGGAGAGCUCUGAGUUUGAGAUAGUGGUCAUUCUGGAGGGCAUGGUCGAGGCCACAGCCAUGACCACGCAGUGCCGCAGCUCCUACCUAGCCAGCGAGAUCCUCUGGGGUCACCGAUUCGAGCCCGUGCUCUUUGAAGAGAAGAACUACUACAAGGUGGACUAUUCCCGCUUCCAUAAGACAUAUGAGGUGCCGAGCACUCCUCUGUGCAGCGCCAGAGACCUUGCAGAGAAAAAAUACAUCCUCUCAAACUCCAACUCCUUCUGCUAUGAAAAUGAGAUGGCACUGGAAAACAAAGAGGACACAGACGAAGGGAACGGGGGUAGCGUUGGCCCCGAUGGCACCCAGACAGACAAUAUAUCAGAGACUGAACACAGCCAAGCCACUGUACCGCUAGAGCCCCGGCCUCUGAGACGAGAAUCAGAGAUAUGACUGUGUAGAGACGUCAGACCUCAGAUAUUAAAAAUCACCUCUUGCUCUGAAAGGCACAAUGAGCUGAGCUGGGCCUUGGGUAGAGGACAAGUUCAAGCCGACGGUACUGCUGUGGGAAGGGGCUAGGUUGAGGACUUGUAUGUAAGAGUUAUUUGAACUUUAAUUGCAUACAGUAUGACAAAACACAGCACUAUGAACCAUGUUCAUAUUGAAGGAAGAAUUCUCUAGUCCCCACAAAUGUGUGCUUAGUGUCUAUUGACUGCAAGAUAACAUAGAGGGCGGGUUUGUUGAGAUAACUUGAAAAUCGCAGGCAUGUCUCUGUUUCUCUGUCCAGCAAAUAUUUAGAACAAAAAACGUAUUAAGAAUGGUGGUUUAUAAUUUAUGUUCUCAAGUGCUGCUAUAAAAAUUAUACGUAGUGCACAGAAACUAGAGAAAA